UAUAUAGGGAAAAUCCAUCCUACCACUCGGUGGUAGUUGUUAGAUGUGUAUAGUCUCUUUUCGGUAUAUCCCCAUUGUAUAAGGGGUUCCCUGCACUUUACCACACAUGUAUAUGUAUUGGCCUUUGGCUAUCAGUAAAGCUCAGUUGCUCUUUAUCCAACAUGGUAUCAGAUGUUAGGUUCCCCUCUCCCCCGCACGCUGCAACUCCGUGCUAGAUUUCUCCCGAUUCCGGCCUAUCCCGUCCCGGAUCCGGCUGCCCCGGCUAGGUCCCUCCUGUCUCGCGCCCGGCCGGCCUCGUCCACGACCCAGCUACCUACCCAUUUGCCUCGCCGGCACCCGUUGUCGGCCGCUCCCUCGCGCCUCCGUCGCUGCCCGGUCCAGCCGCUCCCCUCCCUCCCGCCGAGCUCUGCUCUAGCUCUAGCUGUUGCCGCCGGCCGCUGGGCUCUGCUCGCCUGGCCUUGUGAGUGAGCGUGCGGGCGGCCUGCGAGAGGCCCGCGCGUGCGCGUGCGGGAGGCUCGCGAGCGAGCGCUCGAUCCAGUGCCUGAGGGCCACGCUCUCCUCGAUCCAGCGAGCGAGCGAGCACGCGAGGUGCCUGAUCCCCUCGAUCUCGCGUGAGCGUACUGGAUCCCCUCGAUCCAGUGCGUGGGAUUUCCUGUUUCCGUCGACUCCAAAAGAGAGAGAGAGAGAGAGAGAGAGAGAGAGAGAAUCAGCAUGUCUUUGUCUGGCUAUGUAGCUGUUCCUCGGUGCUCGGUGAUCUUCGAUGGCACCAACUAUGCUGAGUUUGUGGGGUUCAUGCGUAUCCACAUGCGCGGACUUCUUCUGUGGGGUGUUCUCUCUGGCGAGGUACCCUGUCCGCCCUGCCCUGUUGCUCCGGUGGCUCCUGUUCCGCCGGUACCACCGGUCCUUGCUCCUGAUGCUUCUCAGGCUGAUCGGGAUGCAACCAAGGCCCUUGAUGAUGCUGCAGUUGAUGCCUAUGAUCAGCAGGUAUCCGCUUACUCUGAUGCCCUCUCAGUCUACUGGGAUGAUCUGUCUGCUUACACUCAGUGGUGCAAUGAUGAUGCUCGAGCUGCUGCUGUUCUCACUGCCAGUGUCCUUCCUCAGUUUGCUUCCGAGUUCAUGGCCCUUGGCACUGUUGCAGCGAUGUGGUCCUAUCUUUGUCAGCGCUAUCAGCCCUCUGGCGAUGCUUUAUACCUCUCUGUGGUGCGUCAGGAGCAUGCUCUUCAGCAGGGUGACUCGUCUGUUGAUGAGUUCUAUUCACAGUGCUCUGCCAUCUGGCGUCAGCUUGACUCACUGCGCACAGUUGUUUAUGGCACUUGCCGUUGCUGUCAGACUACGCGGUCUGACUUGGAGUUUCAGAGGGUUCAUGAGUUCUUAUCUCGUCUCCGCUCUGAGUUUGAGCCCAGGCGUGCUCACUUGCUUGCUCGUGGUCGUGUCCCUAUCUCGGAGGUGCAUGCCGAGCUUCGUGCUGAGGAGACACGCCUUCGCUUUGCUGGGUUGCUUCUGGUUCCGUCAGUAUUGGCUGUCCGGGCUCCUGUGUCGUCUGCUUGCCUCACUGCUCCGCCGCUCCUGCCUACUCCGGGGGGGGGGGGGGGUGAGCCGUCCUUCUUAUGCUGACAAGGGCACGUCGCGCCGUGACACCGUCUGUGGUUAUUGCUUCCGGCAAGGUCACCCAGAGUCUGAUUGUCGCCAAAAGAAGCGAGACCAGAGGCGCUCCUCCAGCGGGCCUCCUGUGUCUUCCUCGACUCCGUCACUCACUGACCAGGACAUUGUUCGUCUCAAGCGUCUUCUUGCUUCCUCAGGCUCCUCGUCGACUGGAUCUGCUGCUGCUGUGACUGUAUCCUCCUCCUCACCAUCGCAGGCAUCUACACAGUCUGGUACAUCUUCGUGGGUUCUGGAUUCUGGAGCCUCUUUUCAUAUGUCUUCUGAUUCUUUCGUGUUGUCUUCUCUCCGACUUCUUGAUUCGCCUGUCAAUGUUCUUACUGCCGAUGGCACACCUCUUCCUGUUGCUAGUCGUGGUAUUCUUUCCACUCCAUCUUUUUCUGUUCCGAGUGUUUCACAUGUUCCUCGCCUUAUCAUGAAUCUUUUUUCCGCUGCCCAACUUACUGAUUCUGGUUGUCGUGUCAUUCUUGAUACCGACUCUUGCUCCAUUCAGGAUCGUCGCACCAAGGCUUUGGUUGGUGCUGGCCCCCGGCGCCGUGAGUCAGAGGGCCUUUGGGAGGUUGACUGGCUUUGUGUUCCUUCCGCUGCCACCACUGAUGCCAGCUCUCAUGCUCUUGCCGCCUCUUCGUCUGCGUCCUUCCAACAGUGGCAUCAUCGCCUCGGUCACAUCUGUGGCUCUCGCUUGUCUUCCUUAGUUCGUCAGGGCCACUUAGGGUCUGUAUUUGGAGAUGUCUCCUUACAUUGUAAUGGCUGCAGACUUGGCAAACAGACUCAGUUACCUUAUCCCACUAGUGAGUCUGUAUCUCAGCGUCCUUUUGACUUAGUUCAUUCUGAUGUCUGGGGUCUUGCUCCCUUUGAUUCGAAAGGUGGUCAUCGCUACUAUGUUUUGUUUAUUGAUGAUUUCUCUCGCUACACUUGGCUCUACUUUAUGAAAUCUCGUCGCGAGGUUCUCCCUAUAUACAAACGCUUUGCUGCCAUGGUUCACACCCAGUUUGCCACGCCGAUUUGUACUUUUCGUGCUGACUCCGCUGGAGAGUAUAUCUCUCAGCUGUUGCGUGGUUUUCUCGCGGAACAGGGUACUCUUGCCCAGUUCUCCUGUCCGGGUGCUCAUGCUCAGAAUGGUGUUGCCGAGCGGAAGCAUCGUCAUUUGCUUGAGACGGCUCGUGCGCUGAUGAUUGCCGCUUCCCUUCCACCCCAUUUUUGGGCUGAGGCUGUUUCCGCCUCCACCUAUCUCAUCAACAUUCAGCCAUCGACUGCUCUGCAGGGUGGCAUUCCUAUGGAGUGUCUCACCGGUCGCUCGCCUGACUACUCAGCUCUUCGUAUGUUUGGAUGCGUCUGCUAUGUUCUUCUUGCCCCCCGCGAACGCACCAAACUGACUGCUCAGUCGGUCGAGUGUGUUUUCCUUGGCUACAGUGAUGAGCACAAGGGCUAUCGGUGUUGGGAUCCAGUGGGUCGUCGCUUGCGCAUCUCGCGUGAUGUGACCUUUGACGAGUCUCGUUCCUACUACCCACGUCCUUCUUCCUCGAGUCUCUCUGUGGAUGAUCUCUCUUUCCUUCUCCUUCCCGAUACACCAUGCUAUGUGCCUCCUGUGUCAUCUAUUCCUCCGGCAUCUCCCAUUCCUUCUCCUUCAUCACCGACACCAUCUUCUCCACCCUCCUCCUCCACCUCUCCACCAUCGUCUCCAGUUCGUCGCCCUCUCUCCCCGUUUCCUCUCCACUAUACUCGUCGCCC